AUGUCUUCACCGGCACCCACUCCCAGCUUCGCCACUACGCCCGAGCCACUGCUCCUCAAAGAUGUCAGACUUCUGCUUGAGCAUGAGUAUCUCCCUUUUGAAGCCGGCUACGCCAUUAACGCGGAUGGCAUGCAUCACAUCGCCGCUUCAACGUACAUGACGGGUUGCACCGGCCGCAUGAUAGACUGGUGGUUUGGGUGGAUACAUCAUACCAAGCAGUACAAGCUGUGGCAUCCCCGUGAUCAUGUCUUUUCAGACUGGGAAGGGCCCCGGGAGAAUAAUUCCACUUACAUCGGCGGCCAUCACCUCGUUCAAGAGUACAUCGGUGGCCACCUUGGGAAGCUGAAGAUCUCCUUCCUCGACCCAACUGAGUAUUUCGGCGAAGGAUGGAAGGAUGCAUUUGCGAAAGACGGUUACUCGACGGCUGUGUGUGGCAGAGUGGGAGACUGGAACCCCGAUGAUGGGAGCGUGGUAUACAUGGGGCACCUUAUUCACCUCAUUAAGGACGAGCCGGACGGAUGCCGUAUGCGGAGCAGAUUCUGGCUAGGAGAUGUGGACGGUGUGACGGACCCAAGGAAAAGAGCAGAGGCUGUGCCGUCGUUCUUUGUCAAGGGCUUGUGCAAACAUGCCACGGAGGAAAUGGCCAUCCUAGCAACGAUCUUGCCAGAACUGUAUAGGAAGGAUGCGCAGAUUAUUUGA